AUGUCUGAUCUUCGAAUUGGGUUUCGGCCGGAUUUCGGGAUGAGAUUCCGGCCACUUCCGGUCAGAUUUUGGGGUACGUCCAAGAACAAAAGUGACUCCAAAUUAGGUGUUUUACCUAGGGUAGGAGUCUUGAGCCGUGAUUCGUGGUUUUUCCGGCGAUGCGAUAUCGCUUUGGACACCCACGCGCUGCCGGCGCGUGUGGCGGCGCGUGGGCACUGUAGUCGAGGGGCAAUUUUGUCCCAAUGUGAUCCUCAGGUUGUCAUGAGCGCGUAG